UCGUUUUCAUACCGCAUGUUUUAAACCGGUACACUAUAUAGCUAAUUUAAUGAUCGGCCACUGUGUCAGUCAGUCCUAGUAGAAAUCAGGUUCAAACGGGGGUAAAGUCUUCAUUUUUCUUAAUACUCAGAUUCUGCAAUCAAUUUACUUGAUCAUAAUCUUAUUUCUGAAUUCUGAAUUAAAAAUUCCCAAAUAAUUACUUUGAAAAACAAUAUGGCGUCACCAACUGCACAAUCAUCUGAUCCUAAUAUGGUGGACGAAUCUGACGUCAAAUCAGCCUUGAAUGGUCAUGAUCGUCCAUUUACAAUUACUCUUGCCAUUGUUUUGCUAAAGAUUGUAUUUUUCAUUUACGAUGUCGUCACUUUCAUUCCAUUCAAAAUAUUUGCGGACCCGGCGGAGAAACUCGAAAAGUCGGAGAGAGUCAAGGCUGAGCCAGAUAAUGGAGAUCCAACAACACCAUGGAAGAACGUGUCUGCAAAAGACGGGCUCAUGAACUCUUCAUUUGAAGGAAUCCAUGAUCUUGGUACUCAAUGGGAAGAAUGUGUCCGACGUUACGGAAACCAACCGUGUAUGGGGACUCGUGAAGUUCUUAAAGUCCACAAGGAGAAACAAUCAAACGGAAAAAUCUUUGAAAAAUGGCAAAUGGGAGACUAUCACUGGAGAAGCUAUGCUCAGGUUGACAAACGGGUUAAUAUGAUUGCAUCGGGUUUGACGAGCCUAGGGCAGCAGGAGAAGGAGCCAAUUAUUCUUUUUGCCGAGACCAGAGAAGAAUGGAUGACAACUGCUUUGGCCUGCAUGAAAAUGAAUUUUCCAAUUGCAACAAUGUAUGCUACUCUUGGAGACGAAGCAGUUCAGUUUGCUAUUAAUGAAGUUGGAGCCAAGACCAUCUUCACUUCGGAAGCUCUCAUCUCGAAAGUCAAAAAGGCGAUGAGCAACGGAGCCACAUCCAUCGAAAACAUUAUCUUCUUUGAUAGUGUCGAUCCAGCAUCUCGUGGAGAGUCGGUCGAUGUUGAUCUUCCAUUCACCCUUCUUUCUUUUGACCAGCUUCUCAGCCGCGGAGAGCGUGAGUAUUCUUACCCAGUACCAACUCGCAGUAAGAAAGAUGAUCUCGCCUUCAUCAUGUACACAUCUGGAACUACUGGAAAUCCGAAAGGAGUUAUGAUUUCUCAUCAGAAUAUUGUUGCUGUUACCGCUGGACAAGCCUUCAACAUCGUUCUCGGACCAGAUGACCGAUAUAUCGGAUAUCUCCCUCUUGCUCACAUUUUGGAAGUAUGCGCAGAAAUGGUCGUUUUCACUAAAGGAGUCCGCAUUGGUUACUCAUCAGCUCAGACCUUAUUUGACAGAGCACCAAAAAUUAUGAAAGGAGAGCACGGAGACUGCUGGGUUCUUCAGCCAACUCUUAUGGCUUGUGUCCCUGCUGUCAUGGAUCGCAUCUUCAAAGCUGUCAUCGAUGAGGUUAACGCUAACAGUGAACUUUUCAAGCAACUCUUCAAAACUUGUUACGAAAGAAAACGGUCCCGUUAUGAAGAAGGAUAUACUAGUUUUAUUUUGAACAAGCUUGUUUUCAAUAGAAUCGGUAAACUUCUUGGAGGAAAAGUUCGACAAAUUCUUUCUGGAGGAGCUCCAUUGAGCCCAGAAACACAAAGAUUCAUGAACAUUUGCUUCUGCUGUCCAGUUGUACAAGGAUACGGGCUCACUGAAACCUGCGGAGGAGGAACUAUUGCCGACAUUCAUGAUUUGUCAACUGGAACUGUGGGACCACCGCUCACAUGUUGCGAAAUUCUGUUGCAAGAAUGGGCAGAGGCUGGAUACUCACCGAAAAAUGAUCCUCCACAAGGAGAAAUUCUUAUUAGUGGACCAAAUGUUGCGUUGGGAUAUUUCAAAAAUGACGAAAAAACCAAGGAAGAGUUUGUUAAAGUCAAUGGAAAAACAUUCUUCGCAACUGGAGAUAUUGGUGAAUUCCGCGAAGAUGGAUCUCUCAAGAUUAUUGACCGUAAGAAGGACUUGCUCAAAUUGGCUCACGGUGAAUAUAUUUCCCUCGGAAAAGUUGAAACUAAUCUUUUGACUAAUCCAAAUGUUGACAACGUCUGCGUGUAUGGUGAUUCGAACAAAAGCUUCCUGGUUGCGUUGGUCGUUCCAAAUCAAAAGAAUCUAACUCAAUUGGCCAGUAAAGCUGGUGCAAGCAAUGAUAACUUUGAGAAGCUCUGCGAAGAUAAGAAGGUUGUAGAGGCAUUGCAAAAGGAGUUGGCUCAAUAUGGAGCUUCCAAACUUCAACGCGUCGAAAUUCCACAAAAAAUCUUUAUUUGUCACGAGCCAUGGACCCCAGCCUCCGGGCUUCUUACCGAAGCCUUGAAGCUCAAAAGAAAAAAUAUCGAGAAGGCCUUCCGCAAAGAACUUGAUGAGCUUUAUAAAUAGAGCUUCAUCUACUCACUGAUCUUACCCUGUUUCUGCCAUUCAAAACGCAUUCUAAAUACUUAAUCUGUUUUGAUGUAGUCUAGUAUAGAAUGUACAAUAUUCUCCUUUCAUUUCUCUUUCACAGAAAUCUUGCUCAUUGUGUGCCUUCAUUUCGCAGUUUAAAUAUUUUUAUCACUCUUAUUUUCCAAGAAUCAAAUCCUUUUUACCGAAUCACAAAUCGACGCGGUGGCCAUAUGUUUUAGGGUAUUCUGAUUUCCACGCUUUUAAUGGAAAGAAAUCUGCUCUUGUUUGUUUUUUUUUGUUCUUUUCAAAAUUUAAUUUGUGUAUAACGUUCUCGACCUCCUAUUAUCAUUAUCUCAUUCAUUUUAUUGAUUCAAUGCAAAUAAACUUCUUUCAAAAAAA